CUCAUGAUGAGGCUCACAAGAACUCUACUUCUUGCUGUCUCCUACGCCUUCAUGCAGGGUAUUUCCGUAAAUGAGGCAGAGAACAUUAUGCUAGCAAAGCCCAGUGAAGUCAGUGAAACCUACUGGAACGCUGAAUUUGCCAAUGAUGGUUUAAACAACCCCGGAUCUACACCAGCUAGAACAUGGUCCGGUGUUAAUCCCUUCUGGAAGGGAGAUCUUCAGGGACACUAUGCUAUCCAUAACAUCUCAGUUACAAGUGACGUCUCCUAUACGUUUGGAGGAUACCUCGGGGGCGCAUACGUUGAGGUGCACGCUGAUGGCAGCAGUGGCUGUCCGGAUCUGGACAUCUUUGUCUGCGGCCAAUGUCCAGAAGUAGUUGGUAAAGGAGAAACCUUCACGUUCAACUGUUCCCACCCUCGACCAGUGAGAUUCGUGAAGGUCUGGAGAAAUAUGACUGAUUUUUUAGUUAUUUCAGAGGUUGAAGUUGAAGGCACUCCAGUGACAGCAAGGGUCGCUAAUUACAAUAAGGUGUUCAACACAAAAGUUUCAACACCGAUGACGUCUCUCACUGUUGUUUCCGCCUCGGAGUGCAGUUCCAAGUGUUAUACAAACCAGUCCUGCCUGAGUUACAGUCACCACCCAACAGCUGCUCCCAACUGUCUCCUGACAACCAACCCAGAAGAUGCAGCAUCAGCUUCCGGCUGGACCAAGUUCUCCAUCGAUGUGUGCUCAAGUUACAACACCUGUGGCUGAUCCUUUAUCUACAGAUCCAAGUUCUCCAUCGAUGUAUGCUCAAGUUACAACACCUGUGGCUCAUCCUCUAUCUACAGAUCCACUGUGUUCUGCAGGCGUGCCGUACUGAUUAUUAUUUAUCGUUUGACGUGUUGAAUUAACAAUUAAUUCCAAUGUCGGUAGCUUGUGGAUGUAUUUUGGACAACAUUUUACCAUCCAUACUUAAAUGUAUCUUACUGUUGUCUCAAUGUUGGUGACACCAUCUGUAGAACAUUUAUUGUCAGGUGUCAGUGUCAUUUGAUUAUUCAAUAUAACAAGGAGAAGAUUCAUGUGGACUAGUUUAAGUUUCUGAAGGGAAGAUUUAAAUCCAAAUGGAACAUCGCAAACUGCUAUCAUUUCCACUAAACAUUUCUGAUCUUUAAAAGUCAAUUGUUGUGACUUCUUGAUUUUGGUUUUCGCAUGGACAAACUGAUGAUGUGCAAAUGCGCCAUUGUGCUUUGAAAGUGGACUCUCCGCUAUGUAGUGAAUAGUUUUAUAAACUCAUCUUUCGUGUUUGCCUUUAAUGGAGCGACAGUUACAUCACAUAUAUUUCUCACUCAAACACCUCUGACUUUUGAAAUACAUUACAGUGUAUCAGAAAUUAGUGUACAUACUGUUCAUAUUCAUUAUGGUAAUUUCAUACAAACAGGUUAAUGACCAAGAACUGUGUAUAUGCAUACUUUCAUGAGCUGCAUGUACAAAAGGUGUUAUAAUCCUUUGUUCUUUUAUUGGACAUUUCAUGAUGUGUAACGAUGCACCAGGUGCGCGUUUAAUCACAGACGAUU